GUGAGAGGUGGCCUGGUGAUGAGCUAUAGGGUGAGCCUGCUGGGAGGGCUGACACACUUCAGGAGCUUCCUGUGACGAGAGAGGGUGUCUGUGUGGGAGCAUCUCACUGCAGGACUCCAGCCCCAUGGCCGCCCGUGUGCUCCUCGUGGGCAUCCUGCUCCUGCUGCUGCCCACGCCUGCCCCUGCCCCCUGCUACACUGCUGCGAGAUCCGAGUGCCAGAGCGUUCGCAAGGCGGUGCCUGGCUCCGAGCUGGCGGGGGAGGGCGUGGAUGUGACCAGUCUCAAGCGCUCAGGCUCCUUCCCGGUGGACACAGAGAGCUUCCUCCGGCCCGAUGGCACCUGCACCCUCUGCCGCAACGCCCUCAAAGGGGGUGCCCUCCAGCGCCUGCCCCUGGCGCUCACCCACUGGCGGGCCCAGGGCUCAGGCUGCCAGCGCCAUCUGGUCAGGGCCAAGGCCAGCUCCACAGAGACCGUGGCCAAGGAAGCAGCUUCCAGCAUCCACAAUGACUGGAAGGCAGGGCUGGAGGUAAACCCCAAGCCCAGCACCAGUGCCCGCAUGACGGUGGCCGGCUCGCACUCCGAACAGGCCAACUUUGCAGCUGACAAAACCCACAAGGACCAGUACAGCUUCAGCACCGACACAGUGGAGUGUCGCUUCUAUAGGUUUCACCUGGUGCACGCUCCGCCACUCCACCCCGAGUUCAAGAGGGCCAUCAGGGACCUGCCCCCCCACUUCAACGCCUCCACCGAGCCCGACUACCGAAGGCUCAUCUCCAACUACGGCACCCACUUCGCCAGCUCCAUGGAGCUGGGCGGCAGGGUCUUGGCCCUCACCGCCCUGCGCACCUGCGAGCUGGCCCUGGGCGGGCUCUCGGCCGACGAGGUGGGGGCCUGCCUGGCCGUGGAGGCCGAGGUCAGCAUCGGCAGCCGCGCCAGCUCCUCGUCGGAAUACAAGGCCUGCGAGGAGAAGAAGAGGCAGCACAAGAUCGCGGCGUCCUUCCACCAGGCCUACCAGGAGCGCUACUCCCGGGUGGUGGGCGGCCACCACACCGCUGUGUCCGACUUGCUGUUCGGGAAAGACGCGGGGCCCGAGCAGUUCUCGGCCUGGGUGAGCUCCCUGGCGGACAGGCCCGGCCUGGUGGACUACAACCUGGUGCCGCUGCAUGAGCUUCUGCGGAAGCAGGACCCGCGGCGGGAGGCGCUGAGGCAGGCCGUGAGCAAGUACGUGAUGGAUCGUGCCCGCUGGAGGGACUGCAGCCGGCCCUGCCGCCCGGGCCAGCAGAAGAGCCCCCACGACCCCUGCCAGUGCGUGUGCCACGGCUCCGCGGUCACCACCCAGGACUGCUGCCCCCGGCAGAGGGGCCUGGCCCGCUUAGAGGUGAUGAACUUCCAGGCGACGGGUCUGUGGGGAGACAUAUUCACAUCCGCGGACGCCUACCUGAAGGUCUUCUUCGGGGGCCAGGAGCUGAGGACGGGCACGGUGUGGAACAAUAACAACCCCGGGUGGGCGACGCGGCUGGACUUUGGGGAUGUGGUCCUGGUCUCCGGGGGGCCCCUGAGGGUGCAGGUCUGGGACCAAGACUCUGGCUGGGACGACGACCUGCUUGGCACCUGUGACCGGACUCCGCAGGCCGGCCGGCACAGGGUGGAGUGCAGCCUGCAUCACGGGCGCCUGACGUUCGCGUACCACGCCACCUGCCUGCCUCACCUGAAAGGGGCAACGUGCUUGGAGUACGCGCCCCAAGGGCUUCUGGGGGAGCCCCCGGGAAACCGAAGCGGAGCGGUGUGGUGACGGCGGGGGCCUGAGAGGGCCUGUCUGCCCGGACUGAAGGGGUUCUCACGGAGGGAGGGAGCCAGGGGCUGGCUAUCGUCAUAUCCCCUUUAGACACAGAGGAAAUGGGCUUCCCCCGCCUUUUUUUUUUUUUUUUUCUCAGUGAGGUGGCUGGACUUAUAGGCAGCCCUGAGUCUCCCCGUCCGAACUGCCUUGGCUGCCCAAUCUUCUGGAGCCCAGGAAACCAGCUGCCACUGGGCCAUGGGAGUCAUGGCCGCCGGCCGCUGUGCAGGCCGCAGAGAGGCCAGGAGCUGGGCAGAGGGCCAGGAGGCCACUCCCUCCAGGCUGCUUGGUGUCCUCAAAGGGCUUCCCUUCCUAACAUGGUGGAUUUUCAUCAUUUUAGAUCUCACCCUUCUCUCCCGGCGGCUCUGUGUUCUGUCUUCUUUGCGU